UGGAAUACAGAACUGAUAUCUAGGUUUGUCUUGUACUGUGUUUUUUAAGUGUGUUGUAGGGUACAUUGUGUGUGAACAAGAAAAAGAAUGGAUGAAAGUGGCGUACUUGAAAAUUCAGAAGGAAAUACAAACACUUUUAAGCUACAUGGGACCCAAAAUGAGAACGGACGGACGGAUAAACGGGCGGACGUAUGGACGGACAAGAAAUUAAAAUGUACUCUAACGACAUUGGUUGCCGUAGCAAUCGUCAAUAUGAGUGUCUUACUUCCUUUGGUCGUUCACUUGCACCUAUUAAGACAACACAAGAUCGAAUCAGUAUGGUGCUCUCAAGGGAACCAUGACCUUCUGGACCAGCUUAUGGUAAAGACUAACAAAGAUAUGAAACAAUAUCGAAACAACGCAUGUGGCAAACUGAGCGACAUGUUGCAAAAAGUUGUUAAUCUGAAUAAAAGCUACAACAGUGACACUGGUCCAGAACCAGAGUUUCAUGGUUUAGAUAUCACAACAUUAAACUGCACAGUUUCAGAGAAAGUUGAAUCUACGUUAUAUCUUUAUAAUGUACUCUCACAUGCCAAACCAGUACCUGGGAAAAAUACCAAAGUAUACUGGGGCCCUAUUACAUAUUUGAUAACACAUCAUAUGAAAUAUGAAGAAGGAACCAUCUACAUCAAGCAAUCUGGCUAUUAUUUUGUGUUGUCUUUACUGACAGUAAGAGUACACAACAUGAAAUCGGUUGAUACCGUUAUUAACUUCGGUGACGAAACCCGUCACGUUGUUAACGUUAUACAGCACACAGAUGGGACUGAACGAGUUCUUCUUCAAAAUGUUAAAACAACGUGUGUAUUAUCCUUCGACAAUGGAGAAUGGUCAAGUAAUAUAGGAGCACCUUUUUACUUAAAUGAGCAGGACAGAGUAUACGUGGCCACAUCACAUCCGUAUAACAUUGUCAGUGGUCACAGUAAUAGUUAUCUAAGCAUUCAUACCAUUUUGUAAGACAA